AUGCACUUUUCUGAUGAGGAAGCUGCCCUUCUCAAGGCAUGGAUCGUGAAACGCCUCGAGAACACAUCCGAUGCCGACCCCGAUGUUCUAGCAGACUAUGUCCUUGCGCUGCUGCGCCAUGACGGUAGCCCCGAGGAGGUUCGAAAGCUUUGUGAAGAGGAGAUUCCCGAUUUCCUCAAGGAAGAGUCAACCGUGUUCCUCGACGACGUAUUUGCAGCCAUCGCAUACAAGUCCUUCCUUCCAGGUGCUCCCCCGGCCCCCAAGUUACCACAGGCUCAGGCACAACCACCACCACCACUUCCUCAGAUCCCAGCCUCGGCGUACUAUGCCGCCGCUCCACCUCCGGCCGCACCAGCCUUCGCCGCCCCUCGCGACAACCCGUCGCGCAAACGAUCAUAUCGCGAUUUUGACGACCCGAAUUCGCAGCCGAAUGGCGAGCACACGUACGAUGGAGGGAGGGGCAAGCAAGCACGACGCCAUAAUGGCUACCCAAGCGCAAAUUCUGGCAUGCCGGGCGCCGAAGCGCAGGGGAGUGGUUUUAACUACGACCCAAUGGCCAUGCUCGACUCGAUGCAAGCCUUCGUGGCGCAGCAGCAGCAAGCGCUAGCCGCCGGCGGGAUGGCGCCGAGAUUCCAAAGGUCAGGAAGGGGCCAAGGAUCGAAACGGGGACGAUGCAGGGACUACGAUGCGCAAGGUUACUGUACAAGAGGUAACACAUGCAAGUUCGAACAUGGUCCUCCGACAGGCUUUGACCUGGUGCCGCCACCAGCGGGUCAGUUUGAUGGGUAUGAUCCUACAAAUGCGGCAUUGCUGCUACCUCAAGGUAAUGGUCAGGAAAUGAUGCCAAUGAACCUUCCCCCGCUGCCAGGGUUCCCCUUCAAUGGCAGACAACCCCAGUUUCCUCUGGACAAUCGCCAGGCAAAAGGGCCCAAAGGCAAAGGUGGAAGGCGCUCACAGCUGUCGGCUGAGGGUCCUGUCCAUGACAAGAGCCGAUCCACCAUAGUGGUUGAGAACAUUCCAGAGGAGAACUUCACCGAGGAGGAUGUCAGGGGUUUCUUUUCCCAGUUCGGAAAGAUCGUUUCAGUUUCCAUGCAGCCUUACAAAAGGUUGGCAGUGGUGGAAUACGAGACCUGGGCAUCGGCAAACGCGGCAUAUAGGUCACCAAAGGUGAUCUUUGAUAAUCGCUUUGUCAGGGUGUUUUGGCGCAAGGAGGACGAUGAUGAACAGCUGGGAAAACCAGCGGGAACCAACGGCAAUGCCGGCGGAGGCAACAUCGAAGCCGCGCAUGCAACAAACGGUGGUAAACCCGGCACAGGCGAAGAACAUCAUGCUGCGGAGCCUGAGGUGGACAUGGAGGAGUUUGCGCGCAGGCAGGAGGAGGCCCAAAAGGUCUUUGAAGAAAAGAAACGGAAGAGGCAAGAAUUGGAUCGCCAGCGCCAGGAUUUGGAGCAGCAGCAAAAGGAGCUUGACGAGGAGCGUAAGAAGCUCAGGGCCAAGCUUGUCGCUCGGGGGGCUGGCGAGUCACAUAACCGAGGCUCGUCACCUGAUGUCACUUUCUCCACGGAUACUGGGUCGUCUUCCAAGCCCGAGAGUGAAGAGACGAGGGCUCUACGUGCAACCUUGGCAGCAUUGGAGGAGGAGGCAAGGUCCAUGGGUCUCAAUCCAGAAGAGUCGGGAGAAACGUCGUCCUGGCCUCCUGCAUAUCGCGGUCGCGGUGGAUACAGGGGCCGUGGGCGUGGAGGAUAUCCUUUCGCACCGCACUACAGCACAUAUCCGCCCAGAGCUGGGUUCCGUGGAGGAUACCGAGGUCGGGGGAGGGGCAACCACCAUGCUGCCUACGCCAUGUAUUCAUUGGAUCAUCGACCCAAGCGAAUUGCCGUGUCUGGCGUUGAUUUCUCGACGGCGGACAAGGAUGAGGCCCUCCGGCAGUACCUUCUCGGCGUCGGUGAGUUCAAGGAAAUCCAGGUACAGGACAGCGGCGCGGUGCACAUUUCAUUCAGCGACCGGAAAACGGCAGAGACCUUCUACUACGGACUGGCCAGCGGCAAGGGCAUACCCGGGAUCGAGGCGCCAAUAGAGCUGGCAUGGGUUCCAAACUCGGCCGCCGAGACGGCAGCAAGCAGCUCGAAACCGAGCCCUGGGCAACAGGGCCCCGAGGGCAGAGAUGCGGCAGACGGUAACGACGAUGUCAUGAACGACGGCACCCGGGAUCACGGCUCCCCGCGAGACAGCAAUGGAGAUGAUGAUGAGAAUAUGGACUACGAAGCGGCUGACGAUGAGGGGAACUGGGACGUCGCCUAA